AUGUUCGCUGUACCGCCCUCAUCCCUCCUCCGCCCACGGUGCUGCUCCCACUCACUGCAAGCUCUUGCACGAUCCAGACUGCCCACGUCGUCUUACCGUCGCACUUUUCAGACCCGGCCGUCGACAGCUCCUAAACCCACAAUCGACAUCCGACAUAUUCGGCAGAACCCGGGCUUGUACGAGCAGAACUGCAUUGACCGCAAUUACAGGUCGCAGAGCAAGAACCCGUGGCGCAUCAUCGAGUUGUUUGAUCAGUGGACCGCCUGUCAGAAGCAAGCGAGAACGCUGCGAGAACGCAACAACGAGCUACGCCGGCAACUGGCAGGGGCAGCUUCACGAAGCGGCGAUGCCGAAGGGAAUUUGUCGCCGAACAAUGGCAAGGAUGGUCUGCUGGAAGAGGCCAAGACCCUCAAAGCCCAGCUCAGUGUGAUAGACGCAAAAGAGAAGGGACUUCAGGAGGAGAUGGAGGACCUUGCUCUGGAGCUGCCGAAUCUCAGCAGCCAGUACACUCCAGUCGGAGAUGAGCCUGAGGUCAUAGGAUACAUCAACGACCACCCGGAGCCGGAGCCGGAGCCGUCGUCCUCAGAUCGGGUGUGGCGUUCGCAUGUGCACAUCGGGUCGGAGCUUGGUCUGCUUGAUUUUGAGGGUGCGGCUAAGGCGUCCGGCUGGGGCUGGUACUACCUGACGAACGAGGCGGCACUGCUCGAGCAAGCGCUGGUCCAAUAUGCGCUCAGCGUGGGCAUGAGGAGGGGCUGGAAGGUUGUGUCGCCGCCCUCAAUCGUGUAUUCCCACAUCGCAGCAGCCUGCGGGUUCCAGCCACGGGAUCAGAAUGACGAACGACAGAUAUACGCGCUAGAACAGCCUCAGAAGGACAAGACAAAGCCAUCACUGGUGCUCGCUGGCACUGCAGAAAUCCCGCUGGCAGGCAUGAAGGCGAAUCAGAUCAUCGAGGACGUCGAACUGCCGCUGAAGACUAUCGGGGUGAGUCGGUGCUACCGCGCUGAAGCUGGUGCCAGAGGUGUCGACACCAAGGGCCUCUACCGCGUGCAUGAGUUCACCAAGGUGGAGAUGUUCGGCUGGACGUUGCCUACCGACUCUACCGAAGCAGGCUUCGGCGCAGACCAGAUCUCACAUUCUGAGCCGAUCUUCGAUGAGAUGCUCGCGAUCCAGCAAGAGAUACUACAAGCACUGGGGUUGCACUGCCGCAUUCUCGAGAUGCCUACCAACGAUCUUGGGGCCAGUGCCACCCGGAAGAGAGACAUCGAGGCCUUUUUUCCUUCACGACGCGACAAAGACAACGGGUGGGGCGAGGUUACCUCUGCGUCCAUCUGCACGGACUACCAAAGCCGGAGACUCGGGACUAGAGUUCGUUUGGAAAAGGCCGGCCGCAAACUCGACUUUCCGCACACGGUUAACGGAACAGCGUUGGCUGUACCGAGGGUGCUUGCAGCCAUCUUGGAAAACCACUGGAACGAACAAGACAUGUCCGUCAAGAUACCCGACGUUCUACGGCCUUGGAUGGGCGGUAUGGAUCGCAUUCAGAGAACGCGAUGA